CUAAACAACUUAAAAAAUAUUCUUGUAAAACAAAAAAAAAAAACAUAAAAUUUAAAAAAACCCAAAAAAAUAGCAAAAUAACAAAAACGAAAAGGGAAUCAUUUGAUUUUAAGAUAGUGGACAUAAGCGUGCAACGUGGUCAUUGGAAUGCGAUAGUCAUAUAAAGAGAAAGUGAAGUUUUGCAUUUGCAGUCUGUUAAUGUUCCUGUGAAAUUGUAUUAAAUAGCAUCAAAAUGAAUCCUGGUCCACCAAGUUAUCCGAUGGCAUCUCUGUAUGUUGGAGAUUUACACUCUGAUAUAACCGAGGCCAUGUUGUUUGAAAAAUUUUCGACUGCUGGGCCCGUCCUAUCUAUACGUGUUUGUCGCGAUAUGAUUACCCGUAGAUCCUUAGGCUACGCUUAUGUUAAUUUUCAGCAACCUACGGAUGCUGAAAGAGCUUUAGACACCAUGAACUUUGAUAUUAUCAAAGGAAGACCCAUUAGAAUCAUGUGGUCCCAACGUGAUCCUUCCCUGCGCAAAUCUGGAGUUGGGAAUGUUUUUAUAAAAAACCUUGAUAAAUCUAUUGACAACAAGGCUUUAUUUGAUACAUUCUCAGCGUUUGGGAAUAUUUUGAGUUGUAAAGUAGCUCAAGAUGAGACUGGUGCUUCAAAAGGGUAUGGUUUUGUUCAUUUUGAAACUGAAGAAGCUGCAAAUAAAUCUAUUGAAAAGGUAAAUGGGAUGUUGUUAAAUGGUAAAAUGGUUUAUGUAGGCAGAUUCAUUCCACGCAAAGAGCGCGAAAAGGAACUUGGUGAGAAGGCUAAACUGUUUGCCAAUGUGUAUGUAAAGAACUUUGGAGAAGACUUUUCUGAUGAAAUGUUAAAAGAUAUGUUUGAGAAAUAUGGUCGCAUUACAAGUCACAAAGUUAUGUACAAAGAUGAUGGCAAUUCUAGAGGCUUUGGUUUUGUUGCUUUUGAAGACCCAGAUGCUGCUGAAAGAGCUUCCAUUGAAUUGAAUGGCAAAGAGCUAGUUGAGGGUAAGCCUCUCUAUGUUGGACGUGCACAAAAGAAAGCUGAACGCCAAAAGGAGUUGAAGCGUAAGUUUGAACAACUGAAAUCUGAACGCCUAACUCGUUAUCAAGGUGUUAAUUUGUAUGUUAAGAACUUGGAUGAUACAAUUGAUGAUGAACGUCUGCGCAAAGAAUUUGCACCAUUUGGGACUAUUACGUCUGCGAAGGUAAUGCUAGAAGAUGGACGUAGUAAAGGCUUUGGGUUUGUUUGUUUUUCUUCUCCUGAAGAAGCUACCAAAGCAGUUACUGAGAUGAAUGGACGUAUUGUAGGAACUAAACCAUUGUAUGUUGCACUAGCUCAACGCAAGGAGGACCGUAAAGCGCACUUAACAUCUCAGUACAUGCAGAGAAUGGCUAGUAUGCGCAUGCAGCAAAUGGGUCAAAUAUUCCAGCCUAGUGGUGCAAGUGGAUUUUUUGUACCAUCGCUCCCUCCAGCACCACGUUACUAUGGACCAGCUCAAAUGACUCAAAUAAGACCUACAACUCCAAGGUGGAAUGCACAGCCCCCUGUAAGGCCUAGCACACAAGCAGCAUCUGCAUAUGCAAAUAUGCAACCCACUUACAGACCAGCACCGAGAGCUCCGGCCCAAUCUACAAUAAGAACAUCGUUAGGAGCAAGACCCAUAACUGGACAGCAAGGAAUUGCUGCUGCUGCUGCAUCUAUUCGUCCACCUUUAGUAUCUCAAAGCAGUCGCCCAGCCAAUUAUAAAUAUACACCAAACAUGCGCAACCCACCAGCUCCACAACCAGCAGUGCAUAUCCAAGGACAAGAACCUCUGACCUCUACUAUGCUUGCAGCAGCACCACUCCAGGAACAGAAACAGAUGCUUGGGGAACGACUGUUUCCACUUAUUCAGAGAAUGCACCCUGAUUUGGCUGGGAAAAUAACUGGUAUGCUUUUGGAAAUUGAUAAUUCAGAACUUCUUCAUAUGUUAGAACAUGCAGAGUCUCUGAAAGCUAAAGUAGAUGAAGCUGUUGCUGUACUGCAGGCUCAUCAAGCUAAACAACAAGCAACUAAAAAAGAAUAAAUAUCAGAAAAGCUAGCUGGCAUAUCAAGAAGUGGUCAGCUGCUUUAAUUCUGUAACGCUUUUAUCAAUUUGCUUUAUAUUCUUUGAUAAAAUAUAAUCAAAUUCAUUAAAAAAAAAUACAUAUAAAAAUCGUAAAAAAA